UCAAUUCUGGCUUCUGUCAACGAGCAUUCCAUCCUCAAUUCCACACUGCCAAGAAAAGUAUCUGUUAUCUGUACUGUAACGUGAUUGUAUCUCAUAUCAGAUCGCCUGACAGCUUCUUUAUCGUUGUUACUUUUUCUAUUCACAGAAGCUGGAAAUUCUCAUCAUUCUCGAUGAUUUGGCGUCCCGUAUUUCAACAUUGCCUUCAGUUUUCCAGCUCACAUUUCACUCGCCAGACUCGCCUUUCUUCCCUGAAUCAACUCAUCCCUCGCGUAUUCAACACGACAGUCUGACUGCAGGGGAACUUAACGAGUCAUGGAGGGUGGCAUGACAAUGGAUGAGCUGAAUAAGAAGCUCAAUUCCAGCCUAUACACAAUCAACCGCAAUGGAAAGAUUUGCAACGCUAAGACCAUUCUGCUCCCGAAAUCCUGUCACGCGGUGUUGAUGCGAUACAAUGGUGCUCUAGUCAAAAAAAUUGAAGCAUUCUCCAAAACUAGAAUAAAUUUUCCAUCUUUGAGGGAUAAAGGAAAUCAAGUAGAAGUUAUUGGUAGAUCGAACGAUGUUCGGUCAGUUUUGGAAUUGUUUUUUGAUAUAGUCUCUGGAUCAGCAGAUCUUCUCAUGCAAGGAGUCCCUUCAACAAUUGCCAUUUCGGAAGAAGAGAUUGAAAAUCUGGUUGAUUCUUUUUGCACUUCUAUCUCAGUGGGCGGAAGGUCAGAGGACCCUGAAGAAAGCGAACAUGAGGAUGAUGAAGAUGAUGAUUAUUGCACUUAUUCUGAUGAGUCUGCUGAAGAAGAAGAAGAAGAUGACAACGAUGAUGAUUAUGAUGAUGAUAAUGAUGAUGAUGAUGAUGAUGAUCACAUCCAUUAUCAUGAUGAUGAUUUGCUUGGUCUCUCUGAUUAUACCAGCGAGUCUGAAUCAACUGAUGAUGUGUCCGAUGAUGAUACUGGAAUGGCCGAUUUUCAACAUAAAAUAGCGGAUUUUUUCAACAAACAAUUCUCCGGUAAUGCUAAUGAGAGACAUAAAGAAAUUUCGGAACACUUCUCAACACCCCUUACUAAAGCCGAGAAAGAUGCUCAUAAGAAAACAGCAAAAAUUGCCGCACAAUCUACAAAUUUGUUCGAAAAAAUGGCAACUAAAUCAAAAGGAAAGAAAAGUGAUGUGCUUGGAGACUUCAAUAAAAUCUUUCAAAAUGCCAUUGAAAGUCAACUGUCAACUCAGAUGAAGGUCAAUGCUGAAAAUUUUGGAGUAUUUGCGAAACCUACCAGAAAACCUGCUAAAAGUUCCAAUGUGUCAAGUCAAAAAGAAUCAAAAGUCUCAGGUAUAAUAGCUCAGAAAAUUGCCCAAGCCAUUUCAGAAAAGGAAUCUGGUAAAGAAUCAAAAGAUGAAUCCAAAGGCAGUGCACCAAAUACCAGUUCAAAAGCAGGAUCAAAACAAGUCGCAAAUAAAGGUGCCAGUGUCGACCCAGGACAAAGUAAAAGUAAGAAGAAAUCAAGAAAAAGGGCUGAUACAGUGUCAAGCUGUCAGUCAGAUCCGUCCAGCGAUACUGUCCCCCUUGAAAAUUCUCAAGUAUCAAACCUCAAGAAGAGGCUUAGAACAAACUCGGAUCAAAAUUCAGACGACACUGAUACCAAGAAUGAGCCGCCUAAUUAUUUGAAGAAUGGAUCAAAUGCUCUGAUUGCUAACAAUUUCUUGAAAGCCAUCCAGAAUUUGAAAGCGGCAAAGGAUGUUUCAAAAAAUGUUUCUCAGGCUGCAUGUUCCCCUGCAAUGGAUGCGGUUGUUUUCACUUACACCUUGUGCGCUGCCUACAUCAAAUCAGGCACUUAUGAUAAUCUAGUUUUAGCCAUCAAUGAACUGAAUUCCAUCCCAUAUACGCAAAUACGUCCAAUUUGCAUUGCAUACUCACUUGAUUCCACUGCGACGGUGAUAAGAUGA